CCACUCCAAAAACAACGGCACGUUUUCCAACAAUACCCACUAACGGCAUUAACAAGCAGCAACUCCUAGUUAGCACAGCGUCACUUCCACUUGAGCGCAUAUAACACCGUUGCAUGCCGGCCGUCGCUCCACCAACUCACACUCUCUCUCUUUCUCACACUGUUACCCACUUCGACUGCAUUGGAGUUACCUUGCGGUUGCCACGUGCCCUUGCGCCGGAAGUGAAGUGCUUGUAUUGCACUAAAAAUGAAGUUCUUCUGUGCUGCUUAUUGCUUUUGUUGUGCGGUUGUAAUUGAAGUUUUUGUAAUGCUCACCAGUUGUUAUUCACUACCUACAGCGUAUUACUUCAUUUACACUACGCUUCCACUCGCUCCUUUCAGCCCUUACGCUCGCUUUGAUUUUGGCCGACAAUCAGCCGGUAAAGUUUAUGAGUCAGCGCCAAUUGACACAACACAAAGAAAGCGCAAUAAAAUUGAGUAAAAGAGAGUGAGAGCGGAGUAGAGCGCGCAAGUGAGGGGAGUAAAGUGGAAGUGUAGUGACGUUUCGUUGCCAUACUCCCUUUUCCAUUGCCUUUUUGUUGUCGCUUUUUACUCCCUUUAGUGUUUACACUUGUUCGCUACUACCCUCCACACUUGCAACGCUCACUCUCUGUCGCAUGACGUAGUUUGCCGUCGGCCUGUGCGGCUUCACUCAUUUUCACUUCAUUCUUGUAUUUAUAGCGCUUUGGUUUAUUGAUUCCGGCCGCAUUUCGCAUUGUUUCAUUUACACUUUUUAUCCAUUUCUCGUUUGCCACAUUUUUCCCCACUUUGUUGUUGUUGCAGCUCAUUUAUCCUUUAUAACGUCUUUGUGUGUCAGUCUGAAGUCAGAGUUCACUGUUGGCCAACUCAUACAAAUGUGGAGUUGCUAGCGCCAUACAACCCUGUGUAGUCACGGCAGCGCUGUAGUCGCGUUUUUCUAUUCAACGGGUGCGGUCCUGCCUAGUAUAUAUUGAUAUAUAAUAGUGACGUGCUUAUAUUGCAUAUAGUUUGUAUUGAAUUUUCAACAAUCGAUGUGAAAAACCAAAGAUUCAUUUAAAAUUUAGUGAACUGUGAAAGGCUUACAAUUUGUGACUCUUCGGUGAUUAGCGAAGGUGUGUAAUAAAUAAUACGAAUUUUACGACUCUUGGUGAACUUAAGAAGCCAACAGCUGUUUAAAACAACAAAAGAAAACAAAAAAGUGCAGAAAAAUACAAAAAUAUUUAUGCUUAAAAUUAAAAAUCUAUCAGUCAAACUGCACGUAAAUAAUAUUUAAAACAAAAAAAUAAAAAUACAGUUAUUAAUGAAAAUAUAAAAAAAAAAUCAUUGAAGUAUUUACAAGUCCGCAGCAAAGCAAUGCAAAACUAUAAAAAAUAAAUAUUGAAUUAAUGAAAAUUAUAAAUAUCAUACAGCGCCAACUACAUACGAAAACAAAUUAAAAAAAUUAUUGCAAAAAAUAAAUUGAAAAUUUCUUAUUGCAAAAAGUAAAGUUUUAAAGCUUGUGAAACACCCUGUAUAACAGUCUAAAUAACUAUUAGUUACAAAACCAACUAAACAAUAAAUUAAUUUACUUGUAAACGUUGCAUUUGCAACUGUGUGCAACGAAAACCAAAUAACAACAAAAAACUUCACUUUCAAAAACUCUUCAAUUUAUUAAAAAAAAGCCAACACAGACUAACACACAAGCAACAGAAGUGCUAAAUAGAAUUUGCAACUCACGCGCUUUUCCAAUUUCCUUUUGUAAACGUUAAGCAGCGAGAGCACAUACAUAAAAACAACAACAACAAACAGCGCGAGCAACAACUGCAUAGACAAAGUGGAGUCGCGCGUCACAAUUUGCAGGCAACAACAAAAAACUGUAAAUACAAAUACAACAACUAAAUUAAGUGCAGAAAAUUUUGCGCGCUGCUAGAAUUUCGAGACGAAGCGCUGCAGUCGUGUAAGAACGUCAGUCAGUCAACGACGGCGCUUGCCACAAGUGACUCGCAGCAGGAACCGCUAGGCUGCAAGAAGUAUUUGAAAAAAAUCAGUGUAGAAGCGCGAAGUUAAUAAUUGGAAAAGUAUUUGAAAACUGUUUACGAAUGGAUUUUUUAUAAAAUUUUUAAGCAUUUCUGCGAAUGUGAUUUAGUGCGUACUUGAACCCGCAAACUAGCCAAGACACAUACCAGUUAAAGUAAAACGCCCCCUAUACAACCAAAAGCUAAGAAAGAAAAGACUGAUUUUGAAUUGAAACUUCCAAGAAGUACUCAAAUCAAAGAAAACGUGUGCGUGUAAGUUGAGUGUUGAGCACAGCGCCGAGCUGAAGCUUUAAAAUCGUCGAAUUGUGUGGUUUUCAAAACAACAACAAUUCACGCUGUGUGUAUAUCGAGCAGGUUCCUGUUAAACAGUAGCAAAAAAAAGUGACGAACUUGAAAGGAAAUAAAAAAACUAAAAGCUGAACUCUUAAAGUCUAAAACUGAUCAAAGCAAAAACUACAGGGAUACAAACCAAACCGGUAAAACUAAAAUAUUGAAAUUGGACUCACUGACUUGCAAACACAUUUGAAGUUACCGCUGCGCUGCUGUUGUAGCGCCACAAUUGUAAACGCGUAGCGCCAACGAGUACCGAAAACAAAAAAUCCAAAUAAAUCCCGAGAGCCGACUUUAGCGCGCCACCCACGAGACGCCACAAACCAUGGCCAACGGCAACGGCAACAAUGCCAGCGUCGCCGCUACUAAUGGCGAAGGCAACGGCUUGGCAACCAAUGGCGGCACAACCACAACUACGACCAAUGGCACUGGCACAACGGUGGCCGAGCACUUGAAUGGCGUUGGCGCUGAGAGCGCCGUAAAUACCAAUACCGGCGGUGUAGCGGAUGCUUUGGCAGCCGUGGGCGCAGCAGCUGGAGCAGGCGAUGCAACAGAUAAUGGUGUGGCUGGUGAUGGUGGCGGUGUUGGUGGUGGUGUUGUUGGUUUGGGCGGUGCCGCUUCCACCUCAUCUAUGGGCGGCGAUGAUGCUGGCACCGAUGCGGGCGCCAGCUCAUUGCCCCCGUCCGAAGAGGCGGGCGGUCGUCCACCACUCGAUACAGCUUGCUCUGAUGGCGGUGGCGGUCCAUCGAGUUUGGGCGGUGGCAUGGUUGGGCCACCAAGUCCACUAACCGGUUGUUAUUUGCUGAUCGUGCUGGGUGAGCCACAUUCGGAGGAGCAUAAGGAUAAUAUAUUGCAGCAUUUGUUGAAGGGUUUCCUCUCAUGGGACGUCGGUGAUUGUCACGUCGAUUUGGAGGAGGAAUUGAAUACGAUCACGCAACACGCACCAGAGGGAGAGGAAGCUCGUCACGGCGAACGACUCAUUCAGUAUGCUAGUGAGAAUCUAGUCACUGAAGUGCUUAUACACCCUCAGUACAAUACACUCAUACAAUGUAUGCGUAAUCUACUGAGUAGUUUUACACGACAUCGUCACAUUAUACACGCUGGCUACACGUUCUCCGGCAAUGGUUCCUGGAUCUUACAGGAUGGAACCUUCUCCGUCUCCGACUUCUCGGAGGCGUUUCAGGAACACGAUGUACAGCGUGUCAUACGUGCCUACGCCGACACGAUUACAAUGAAUAUACAUUGCGCCGAUGCCGGCCACUGGCACAGCUUGCCACACAAAAGUUUUGCACGCCUCUGCAAAAUACGCAUCAAUCCCGUUGAUGUACUGGACACCAGCAGUGAGGGCAUCAAUGCCUUUAUUGACUAUCUAGCACCAAUGCUCGUGCCCACAUCACUGCGGGAACUGCUUGAGACCUCGGAUGUUGUGGGUAAUAUACGCUUUACGCAUCCAACACUAUAUGUCUUCCCCGGUGGACAGGGAGAUGCUGCACUCUUCGGCAUCAAUGGUUUUAAUAUGCUGGUUGAUGGUGGCUUUAAUCGCAAAGCUUGCUUCUGGGACUUCGUACGACACCUAGACCGCUUGGAUGCCGUCCUCAUGACACGCCUUAACAAUAGCAACAUACAGGGUAUCAGUUCGGUAGUGUCUCGCAAGCGUGAUGCUCAUGUUUAUCCACAAAUUGGGCAUUUCUUUGGUAAUGUACCCGAUCGUAAAGGUGGUCUGCCCAGUCCCGAUGGCGACAAAGACCGCGAUCCAUUGCUGGUUGAUCUCUUCGAACAUGGCCACAAUUUGGUAAGCGAUCUUAAGUCGCUGGACUUGAAACCACAAAACUGCUACCGCAACCAAGAGCCAAUAAAUCUGUAUCACAAAGUUGGACAUGGCACACUGGAUAUGUAUGUGAUUAGUCCUGCGCGUGACUCGAAAGAAGUAAAAGAAUUCUUAUCGAAGUGGCACUCCGGCGAUCAGCGUCUCUUUGCCGCACGCGAUACACGCGAAUUCAAUUUCCCAUUACAAAAUUUGGUUUCGAUCUGCGCACUGCUGGUGUGGCAACCAGCCAAUCCAGAUGAUACCAUCACCCGUAUACUCUUCCCCGGUAGCACACCUGAUUUUAAGAUACAAGAAGGCUUGGAAAAACUCAAGCAUCUAGAAUUCAUGAAACACUCAACCUGCACUGCCAAAUCGAUUGCACCCGCUAUACAAACUGUGGUAACUACACGAAAAACAUUCAAGUCCGCCAUCGGUGCGCCUAUUGAGCCACUGAGCGUAACAUCUAAACCUAAAUUCGCACCAGUUGCUGCCGCGGCUGUUGCUAUACAGCAAGACAACAAAACUAAAGAGGCCGCAGCUGCCGCCGCCGCUGCACAGGUCAUCGAAGAGACUAAAGUAGAGAAAGUAGAGGCUGAGAAAAUUGUGUUGCCAAAGAAGGAAGACUCGGUGGACACUGAUGAACCUGCUGCUGAAACUGGCGAUGAGGCUGUGCCUGAACCGGAACCAGCUAUUGAGGUAGAGAGCAAGGAGGAAGACAAACCCGAUGGUGAAACAGCAGAUGAGGACAAUAAAGAAAAAGAGGCCGAAACUGAGAAGAAGGUUGAAGUAGUAAUUGUAAAGCCACAGCCACAAGCUGCACCACAAAAGGAAGAAACACCUACACCUGAGGUAAUUAAACCAAGCAGGGUUGCCAAAGGAAAGGGGGACAAACCACGUGCCGAAGUCAAGCCUGUAGUGCGUUCACGCAUUGACACCAAACCACCCAAAUCAAUGGAGCGCAAAGGUAUAAGGAAGGACUUGGCUGCUGAGAAGAAGGCCUCACCCACUGCUACGCCACGCAAAGAGUCUGCAGCACCAAAACCAGGCACAGCACGUGAUGUAAAACCUCGCGUUAUUACACGUGCCACCAAAUCCAGCCCCAGCAGCACGCCAGCUAAGAGCGCAAAAGACGCUAACAAUCGCAAGGUGCUCGAAUCGAAGCAGCAAGCGACACGACAAGUUACCAGCACUUCCACUACUACGACCACACGUCGUGAAAUGACGCGUACCACUGCAGCGGAACGCAAAGAAUCACGCACACAACAACAGCAAGCUCAACAACGCAAACCAAUUUCACGGCGUCCGCGUGGCGCUUCGCCAACAAAACGGGCACCCGGUAGUCCAGUCAAGUCGGCUAAGCCCAAAGCGGAUUUGAAGAAAUCACGUCUGGAUAAGGGUGGCACCACGGAUUCCAGUCUAGUGUCAACGCCAUCGGCAGAUGAGGCAGUUGCUGCUAAAAAACUACAAGAUCUGACCGCGUCACAGGAGUUGGAUGCUGAGAAGCAACGUGAACUCGACGAUCUCAAAGAAGAACAAGAAGUUGUACGUGAAAUAGAAGCUGUCUUUAGUCGUGAUGAAAUGAAACGACAAAAGCAAUUGGCAGCUGAAAUGCGCGAAAUGUCUAAACAGGAUAGCACUACUGAGGCCGAAGAAGAGGAAGAGUAUUUGAUAAUUGAAAAGGAAGAAAUCGAUCAAUAUACCGAGGAUUCCAUUGUGGAGCAGGAAAGCAGCAUGACGAAAGAAGAAGAAAUUCAAAAACAUCAACGCGAUUCACAAGAGUCGGAGAAGAAACGGAAAAAGAGCGCAGAAGAGGAAAUCGAAGCCGCUAUUGCCAAAGCAGAAGCCGAAGAACGCAAAGCACGACUCGAGGACGAAGCUGCUGAUGAAGCACCUGAAGCGGUAGAAGCUGCAGUAGAGGCUGGCGAGGAACAAGUUGAAGAACCCGUACAUAAAAUAACUACUCCAGAGAAGUCAGAAAUUAAAGCCGAGGUACAAGAAAUAAUUACCACAGCCAAGGAUAUAGUCACAACACGCACUGAAGAGCAAAUAACCAAAGCCGAAGAAGAACUGUCUUCACCCACGCCUGAGGACAAAAUAAGCAGCGCCAAGAAAACUUCCGACACCAAAGAUGAGCUUAUCGAACAACCUGAAAUUAUGCCUGCCAAUUUACAAGAAAGUCUCCCAGAAGAAAAAUUCUCAGCUACAAUCGAGUCCGGCGCUACUACAGCGCCAACGCUGCCCGAGGACGAACGCAUACCUCUCGAUGAAAUCAAGGAAGACUUGAUAAUCGAAGAGAAAUAUGUUAAAGAAGAAACCAAAGAAACUGAUCAGGCGGCUGGAUAUGAAGUAGCAGACGUUAAACCAACCGAACCUGCUGUAACUGCAGCCGGCAUUGUCAUUGAGAAAAUAGCCGAGCCCGUAAUUGUCGGCUUAGCUACCGCAGAACGUGUACUGCCAAUGAAAAUGACUUUCGAGGCACAACAAAAUCUGCUACGCGAUGUUGUUAAAACUCCAGAUGAAGUAGCAGAUUUGCCUGUACAUGAAGAAGCCGAUUUGGGUGUCUACGAAAAGGAUACACAAGAAAGCGGUAAAGUCAUUUCGCAUAAAGAAGAAAUUACAAAGGAGGAAAAGGAAACUGAAGAAAAAGACAUUUGCGAAGGUAAAGAAGUGGAAGUUGCAGAGGAAGUAGGAACAGUAGAUCAGGUAGAUGAUGAGAAGGUGAAAGAGGAGAUUGCAGAAAAACCAGUGCAAGCAACCGAGGAAAAGGCUGUGUCUCCAACUGAAAAGAAACUGCCCUCACCUAUAGAAAAACCAAUUUCUCCUCUCGAAAAGGAACCAACUCCCAUCGAGAAAACCGCCUCCCUUGAUGAGAAACCAAGUUCUCCUUUGGGUAAACUGCCAUCUCCUACCGAAAAAGAAGAAAUACCAGCCGAAAAAGUAUCCUCACCCAGUGAGAAGCCAGAAUCCCCUGUCAAGCAGCAACCUUCGCCUGCUGAAGGGCAAACAUCUCCCGCAGAAAAAGAAACGACAGCAGUAAAGGAAGAAGAGACGUCAACCGAAAAGCUUACUACUCCAUCCGAGAAACCUGUUUCUCCAACAGAAAAAGAGACUCCGAAAGAUGACAAAGAACCUUCCGCUGAAGCAGAUGUUUUGACUAAGGAGGCCGCUGAGGCAGCUGAGAAAAUUCUUUCUCCUGCAGAAAUAUCCGUUUCUCCAACUGAAAAAGACACACAACAAUUAGAUGAAAUGACAUCACCCGCUGAGAAGCCUACAUCACCUGUUGAGAAGAAAGUGCUUAAAACAGAAGAUAUUAUAACUGAGAAGACACCUUUACCAACCGAAAAAUCCGUCUCUCCAACUGAGCAGAAAACCACUGAAGUAGAGAAAGAAUCAUCACCUCUUGCAGCUUCUCCAAUUGCAAAGGAGGCUCCAAAAGUUGAGAAAGUACCUUCUCCCACUGAGAAGCCUACUGUUGAGAAGGAAACAGUAAAAGCAGAGGAAAUUGCAACCGAAAAAGCUGCCUCUACAACAGAAAAAGAAUAUUCUCCCACAGAAAAGGAAGCUGAGAAAGUCCCUUCACCAGGAGAAAAAGACGUUUCCCCAGCUGAAAAGGACACUUUGCACGUAGAAACUGUAACUUCACCUCUUGCAGGUUCUCCAACUGAAAAAGAGGCUCCACAGGUUUCGAAAUUAUCACCUUCUGCUGAGACGCCUGCAUCUCCUGUUGAGAAAGAAGCAUUAAAACCAGAGGAUAUUUUAACUGAGGACAUUUUAACGGACAAAGAUGCUUCAGCAUUAGAAAAAUCCAUCUCUCCAACUGAAAAAGAAGCUAUAGAAGUAGACAAAGUUCCUUCUACAGCUGAUAAACCUGCUGUAAAGGAAGUGUUACCUGCUUCAGGAGUCCAGAAAGAAGACGAAAAGGUUUCAUCGACUGAGGAUAAACCAACUUCUCUGGUAAAAACAGAAGAAGCUGCUACCGAUAAGAUGAUUGAGAAACCGAAAUCACCUAUAGAAUUAGAAGUACAAAAGAAAGAUAUUUUAGCCGCUGAAGCGGAAAAAACAGUAACUUCAUUAGAGCAAGAACUAGCAGAAUCUCAAAAAGCGAGCUUAGCUUUAGGUAUAUCCGCUGAGGAACCAACUUCUGAUGAAAAAGAUAAAUUAUCAUCACCUGUUGACAAAGCACCUACCGAAGAGUCAAAGAAGUCCACAAGCACCCCUGAAGAAAAGGAUGGUAGUGAAAUUACAUCGGAGGACGAGCUUCCUGCGCUAGUACUUGCAGAUAUUGAUACAUCUAAGCCAAAAGAUAAGGACGACACAGUUUCAGUAGGAAGUCCAGCAACCAUCGAAGAAGCUAUCGAAGUUGAAAUGCGGAAGUCUUUACAGGCCAGUAGAAAAACUUCUCAGGAAAUAAAAGAAAGUGAUUUCAAGGUGGAAUCUCGUAAAACAUCGGUAGUGUUAGAUGAAAAAGAAGAAGAAAAAGAACAAAAAGUCGAACUUUCUCCAAAAGAAAAAUCUCCUGUCGAAAGUAUCAAAGACGAGAAAUCAGCACCCGUCUCCAAAGAAGCCUCACUGCCAGGGUCAACUGUCGAAAGUAUUAAAGAUGAAAAGUCCCCCUCUGCAUCCAAAGAAAUUUCUCGACCAGCUUCUGCUGCAGAAAGUAUUCACAGUGAUGCUGAAAAAUUUGAAACAGAAACUGUUUCUUCUCCGGUUGAUAAGGCACCAAGAAAAAUUGAUACUACUGAUCUUACUUUAUUGUUGGACGAUUCAAAAAGAGAUACCAAACUGCCAACAUCAUCAAGUCCUGUCGAUGUGGCGGACGGCGAGUUCGCGGAAGUUAAAGACACAUUUGUAGAAACUCAAAAAGCAUCUGCUGAGAGCACUGCUGUUAGUGGUACGAAGACCGUUUCCAGCCCUAUAGAUGAAGCAAAAGAUCUUAUCACAGAAGCUGCUGUUACUGCGCGUCCGGAAAGUCCAGAAGCUGAAAAAUCACCUGUUAUAUCAAAAGAAACAUCCCGAAAGCCAUCACAAAGUGAACCUUCAGCCGGUAGCACUAAAGACGAAACAUCUCCCGUCGCUUCUAAGGAAAUAUCUCGACGAGAAUCCGUUGCAGAAAGCAUAAAGGAUGAAAAAUCAUCAAUCGCAUUAAAAGCAGAUACCGAUACGGAAGACCUCAAAGACCAAAAGUCACCUGAAGUACCAACAAAAACUGCCCAAACCGCUUCCACAGUCCAAAGUGUCAAAGAAGACAAAUCGCUUCUUGAUUCAAAAGAAGUAUUAGAGCCAGAAUCAACUAAAGAAAGCCUUAAAGAAGAAAAAUCACCAAUCAUAUCUGAAGAAGUAUCUCGUACUGAUUCUAUUGCAGAGAUCACCCAAGAAGAAAAGGAUCAAGUUAUUGAAACAAAAACUGCUUCAUCACCAGUGGAUAAGGCUCCCACUAAGUUAGAUCCAACAGAACUGGCACUGGAUUUAGAUAAAAUAAAAGCUGACACUAAGCUUCCAACAUCUUCAAGUCCUGUAGAUGUUGCUCAUGGUGACUUUCCUAAAGUAAAAGAAACAUCUGUUGCAUAUAAAAAAACUCCAGCAGAAGAAACCACUGUAGCAGGUGCGGAAACAGUAUCCACUCCAGUUGAUGAAGCAAAAGAGUUAACUGAUAUCACUGCAGAGGAGAUAACACGCCCUGAAAGUCCUGAAGGUGCUUCUCCUAAAAUCUCUAAAGAAAGCUCUCGAAGAACAUCUGUGGGAGACAAAGUCGAUAAGUCACUACUCACAUCAAAGCCAGGGUCGACAGAAGAGAGUUUGAAAGAUGAAAAAUCCGCUGUUCCUUCUGCAGAGCCCUCACGACGAGAGUCCGCGGCAGAAAGUAUUAAAGAUGAAAAGUCACCAGUCGCGUCCAAGCCUGUAUCGGUAGCAGAGAGCGUCAAAGAUGAAAAGUCCGCUGCUCCUUCUGCAGAGCCCUCACGUCGAGAGUCCAUGGCAGAAAGUAUUAAAGAUGAAAAGUCACCAGUCGCGGCCAAGCCCGCAUCGGUAGCAGAGAGUGUCAAAGAUGAAAAAUCUGCUGCUCCUUCUGCAGAGCCCUCACGGCGAGAGUCCAUGGCAGAAAGUAUUAAAGAUGAAAAGUCACCAGUCGCGGCCAAGCCCGCAUCGGUAGCAGAGAGUGUCAAAGAUGAAAAAUCUGCUGCUCCUUCUGCAGAGCCCUCACGGCGAGAAUCCGUAGCCGAAAGUAUUAAAGAUGAAAAGUCAACAGUCGCGUCCAAACCCGCUUCGCUGGCAGAGAGCGUAAAAGAUGAAAAGUCUGUUGCUCCUUCCGCAGAGCCCUCUCUUCCUGAAUCCAUGGCAGAAAGUAUUCAAGAUGAAAAGUCACCAGUCGCAUCCAAACCCGCUUCGGUAGCAGAGAGUGUCAAAGAUGAAAAAUCUGCUGCUCCUUCUGCAGAGCCCUCACGACGAGAGUCCAUGGCAGAAAGUAUUAAAGAUGAAAAGUCAACAGUCGCGGCCAAGCCCGCUUCGGUAGAAGAGAGUGUCAAAGAUGAAAAGUCCGCUGCUCCUUCUGCAGAGCCCUCACGACGAGAAUCCAUGGCAGAUAGUAUUAAAGAUGAAAAGUCACCAGUCGCGGCCAAGCCCGCUUCGGUAGCAGAGAGUGUCAAAGAUGAAAAGUCUGCUGCUCCUUCUGCAGAGCCUUCACUUCCUGAAUCUGCCGCUGAGAGUAUUAAAGAUGAAAAGUCACCACUCGCAUCCAAACCUGCUUCGGUAGCAGAGAGUGUCAAAGAUGAAAAAUCUGCUGCACCAUCAGCAGAACCCUCACGUCCGGAUUUUGUAGCUGCAAGUAUCAAAGAUGAUAAGUCACCACUUGCUUCAAGGCCUGAGUCAGCUGCCGAGAGUAUAAAAGAUGAAAAAUCUCAUACUGUUUCUAAAGAAAUUUCUAGAUCUGAAUCACCAACCGCUCAGGGAACCAAGGAGGAAGUUGAUACUGUUUCUUCCCCCGUGGAUCGAGCACCAAUAAAAAUUGAAGAUUUGCAAUUGGCAUUAGACUUGGAAAGUGCUAAGUUAGAUGCCAAACUGCCAACGAAAUCCAGCCCUAUAGAUGUUGCGGACGGGCAUUUCCCCGAUGCCGCAAUUGAACCCAGCAAAAUAACAGAUCUAACAAGUGCACCAGCAGAAAGUGCUGUUCCAAGUGUUGCAGAUACAGUUUCAAGUCCCAUAGACGAAGCUAAAGAUUUAGUUGAUGUCAGCGAUGUUAGACAGGAAGUUACAACAGUGUUUGCGGAAACUCUCGAUGUUCUCGGUAAAGAGUUGAAAGAUGCAGCUGGAAAACUGGCUGACGACGCUAAAAUUGUAGAAAGUGACUCCGAAAAGAUGGGUACCACCAGCGAUGUUAUUGAGAGAGAAACGGAUGAAAAAAAGAGUGCAAAAGAUGAAAAAUCUGCCGCACCAUCUGUAGAGCCCACACCUCUUGAAUCCGCCGCAGAGAGUAUUAAAGAUGAAAAGUCACCAGUCGCGUCCAAACCCGCUUCGGUAGCAGAGAGUGUCAAAGAUGAAAAAUCUGCUGCUCCUUCUGCAGAGCCCUCACGACGAGAAUCCGUAGCCGAAAGUAUUAAAGAUGAAAAGUCACCAGUCGCGUCCAAACCCGCUUCGGUAGCAGAGAGCGUAAUUGAUGAAAAGUCUGCUGCUCCUUCUGCAGAGCCCUCACGACGAGAAUCCGUAGCCGAAAGUAUUAAAGAUGAAAAGUCACCAGUCGCGUCCAAACCCUCUCCGGUAGCAGAGAGCGUAAUUGAUGAAAAGUCUGCUGCUCCUUCUGCAGAGCCCUCACGACGAGAAUCCGUAGCCGAAAGUAUUAAAGAUGAAAAGUCACCAGUCGCGUCCAAACCCGCUUCGGUAGCAGAGAGUGUCAAAGAUGAAAAAUCUGCUGCUCCUUCUGCAGAGCCCUCACUUCCUGAAUCCAUGGCAGAAAGUAUUAAAGAUGAAAAGUCACCAGUCGCAUCCAAACCCGCUUCGGUAGCAGAGAGCGUAAUUGAUGAAAAGUCUGCUGCUCCUUCUGCAGAGCCCUCACUUCCUGAAUCUGCCGCAGAAAGUAUUAAAGAUGAAAAGUCACCAGUCGCAUCCAAACCCGCUUCGGUAGCAGAGAGUGUCAAAGAUGAAAAAUCUUCUGCUCCUUCUGCAGAGCCCUCACGACGAGAAUCCGUAGCCGAAAGUAUUAAAGAUGAAAAGUCACCAGUCGCAUCCAAACCCGCUUCGUUAGCAGAGAGUGUCAAAGAUGAAAAAUCUGCUGCUCCUUCUGCAGAGCCCUCACUUCCUGAAUCCAUGGCAGAAAGUAUUAAAGAUGAAAAGUCACCAGUCGCAUCCAAACCCGCUUCGGUAGCAGAGAGCGUAAUUGAUGAAAAGUCUGCUGCUCCUUCUGCAGAGCCCUCACGACGAGAAUCCAUGGCAGAGAGUAUUAAGGAUGAAAAGUCAUCAGUCGCAUCAAAGGCCGCUUCCGUAGCAGAGAGUGUAAAAGAUGAAAAAUCUGCCGCACCAUCUGUAGAGCCCACACCUCUGGAAUCCGCCGCAGAGAGUAUUAAAGAUGAAAAGUCACCAGACGCAUCCAAACCCGUAUCGUUGGCAGAGAGUGUCAAAGAUGAAAAAUCCGCUUCUCCUUCUGCAGAGCCCGCACGACGAGAAUCCGUAGCCGAAAGUAUUAAAGAUGAAAAGUCACCAGUCGCGUCCAAACCCGCUUCGGUAGCAGAGAGUGUCAAAGAUGAAAAAUCUGCUGCUCCUUCUGCAGAGCCAUUACUUCCUGAAUCUGCCGCUGAGAGUAUUAAAGAUGAAAAGUCACCAGUCGCAUCCAAACCCGCUUCGGUAGCAGAGAGUGUCAAAGAUGAAAAAUCUGCUGCUCCUUCUGCAGAGCCCUCACGACGAGAAUCCGUAGCCGAAAGUAUUAAAGAUGAAAAGUCACCAGUGGCAUCCAAACCUGCUUCGGUAGCAGAGAGCGUCAAAGAUGAAAUAUCUGUUGCACCAUCUGCAGAACCAUCACGUCCAGAGUCUGUGGCUGCAAGUAUCAAAGAUGACAAGUCACCACUUGCUGAUAUUAGCGAUGUUAGACAAGAAGUUACAACAGUGUUUGAUAAAACUCUUGAUGCGGAAACUAUUAAAAUGAUUGAUAAAAUAACAGAAGAUGUUGAAAGCAAGUUAAAGGUGGCAGUUGAAGAAACAAUUGAGAUCUCAGAAGAAGUUACUAAAGUCGCAGAUGAAUCUACGAAGAUAACUGAGGUGCUAAGAGAGGCAAUGGCUGAUGAAGUUAAGACGGUAGCCGAGGAAUCUGUUAAAAGAACUGAAGCUAUAAGCGAGGUUGUUGACGAUAGGGCUGCGACUGCAAUCGAAGAGAUCAACAAAACCACAAAAAUCGCUAAAGAGACAAUUAAAGAUGAAGCCAAAAAAGUGGAAGAAAAAACCGAGGCUAUAGUUGAGGAAAUUUCCAAGACAGUCAGCGACAUAAAAGAAGAUGUAACAACAUCAAUCUCCGGGACCGUAGAUACGGCCGUCAAAAGAACUGAAGAAAUCUCAAAAGCAAUAACUGAAGAAAUUGAUGACAAACUGGAACUUUUAGCAGAAAAGGUGGAAAUAACGGCGCAAGGAGCAGUUGAAAAAUUAGAUGAAAAAACAAAGACUAUUGGCGAAGCUCUCCUUAAAACUGAAGCAAAACUUGAAGAUUUGACCAAACUUACAGAAGAGAAAAGUAAAACUGUAGUCGAAGAUAUAACACAUAAGUUUAUUGAAGUGUCUCAAGCCGUCGAAGACAAGACAAAAACUAUAACUGAAGAAGUCUCCAAAAAAGCUGAAGAAAUGGAGACGGCGGCUGAGGAGAAAACGAAAACACUUGCUACAGAGACAGGCGAGAUAGCUGAAGAAAUCUCCAAAAAGAUUACUGACGUUCAAGACUUCGCUACUGAUAAAGCAAAGACAGCUAGCAAAGAAACCGCUGAAAAGGUAACUACAUUAACAGAAAUAACCGAAGAUGUGCAAAAGACAGCAGAAGAAAAAGCACAAGCCACAGCUCAAGCUUUAGUUGAAAAAAUUUCGGUUGUAACAGAGGUCGCCGAUGACAAAAUUAAAUCUGUUGCAGAUGGUGUAGACAAACUGAUUGACGACUCAAUAACUACUACAACGGAAGUUACCACAGCGGUUAGUACCACGGUUGAGACAAUUACAAGUGAUAUUUCCACAGGCAUUAGUGGAUUCCUCAAAGAUGUCAAGAGCAGCAUAUUCGGCACUGCCGAGAAAAAACAUGAGCAAUUAAAGGAAAUCACAGAAGAAAUAAUCAAACCUGAACAAAUCGAACUGGACUCUUUGCCAGCUGCUACAAAACUACCCCUUGAGCUGAGCACAUACUCAACUGAAUUAAGAGAAACCCAUAUUACUACAGUGGAAUCACCCGAAUUUAAAGUGACAAUGACCGAACGCGAUGAAACCAUACUUCACGACAUUAAAGAAGAGGACGAAGAGCACAGAAUAUCCCCACCCACAACAAAACCGGCAAUAUGCAGUGAACAGCCCUUACGUCCAGUUUCACCACGUGAAGAAGAGGUUGCUAAAAUAGUAGCCGACGUUGCUAAGGUUUUGAAAUCUGAAAAAGAUAUAACGGAAAUCAUUCCAGAUUUCGAUGAAGAAAAGUUGAUACAGCGUUUAAAAACACCAGAAGAAGCCGAGUCGGAAACCGUUACGGUUCAAAGGAUGUUGGUAACCGCCAGCAGUGAAGAUGGAGGAGAAGAAAUAGAUAUAUGUCCAAAAGGUAGUAUUGUUUUUACGCCGACUAUGGCUCCCGAAACUAUACCAGAAGGAGUUUCUACAAUUAAACCACUGGACAUAGACUACCAACACUACACUGAGGACUCUGGUGCAGAGGAAUCGGAAAAGUCUUCUCCUGAGCUACGUUCGGGUCCGAUAUCCAUUGAAGAAAAAGACAAAAUUGAAGAGUCCGAAAAAGAGCUUCGUAAAGAAGCCGCAACUAAAGUUGGAAAAGACGAACAGAAUAAAGACACUACCGAAUCUCAGCGAGAUUCAAUUUUGCCAACUACAGAAAGCAAGAAAGAUGAUAAGUCACCAGUAGCUUCCAAGGAACCAUCACGACCAGAGUCUGUCCUCAGUACUAAGGACGAGAAAAUUGAAGAAACUGUUGAAUCUCGUCGUGAAUCAGUUUUGUCAACUGCCGAAAGUAAAAAAGAUGAAAAGUCGCCUAUGGCAUCCAAGGAACCAUCACGACCAGAAUCUGUCGCCAGCACCAAAGAUGAAAAGAUUGAAGAAACUGUUGAAUCCCGUCGGGAGUCAAUUUUGUCGACUGCCGAAAGUAAGAAGGGAGAAACUGUUGAAUCUCGUCGUGAAUCAGUUUUGUCAACUGCCGAAAGUAAAAAAGAUGAAAAGUCGCCUGUGGCUUCCAAGGAACCAUCACGACCAGAAUCAGUUUCUAGCACUAAAGACGAAAAGAUUGAAGAAACCGUUGAAUCCCGUCGGGAGUCAAUUUUGUCGACUGCCGAAAGUAAGAAGGGAGAAACAGUCGAAUCUCGUCGUGAGUCACUUUUGUCAACUGCAGAAGUCAAGAAAGAUGAUAAAUCACCUGUGGCUUCCAAGGAACCAUCACGACCAGAAUCAGUUUCUAGCACUAAAGACGAAAAGAUUGAAGAAACAGUUGAAUCCCGUCGGGAGUCAAUUUUGUCGACUACCGAAAGUAAGAAAGAAGAAACGGUCGAAUCUCGUCGUGAAUCAGUUUUGUCAUCUGCCGAAAGUAAAAAAGAUGAAAAGUCACCUGUGGCUUCCAAGGAACCAUCACGACCAGAAUCUGUCGCCAGCACCAAAGACGAGAAAAUUGAAGAAACUGUUGAAUCCCGUCGGGAGUCAAUUUUGUCGACUGCCGAAAGUAAGAAGGAAGAAACAGUCGAAUCUCGUCGUGAGUCACUUUUGUCAACUGCAGAAAGCAAGAAAGAUGAUAAGUCACCUGUGGCUUCCAAGGAACCAUCACGACCAGAAUCAGUUUCUAGCACUAAAGACGAAAAGAUUGAAGAAACCGUUGAAUCCCGUCGGGAGUCAAUUUUGUCGACUACCGAAAGUAAGAAAGAAGAAACGGUCGAAUCUCGUCGUGAAUCAGUUUUGUCAACUGCCGAAAGUAAAAAAGAUGAAAAGUCGCCUGCGGCUUCCAAGGAACCAUCACGACCAGAAUCAGUUUCUAGCACUAAAGACGAGAAAAUUGAAGAAACUGUUGAAUCUCGUCGUGAGUCAGUUUUAUCGACUGCAGAAAGCAAGAAAGACGAUAAGUCACCUGUGACUUCCAAGGAACCAUCACGACCAGAAUCAGUUUCUAGCACUAAAGACGAAAAGAUUGAAGAAACUGUUGAAUCCCGUCGCGAGUCACUUUUAUCGACAACCGAAAGUAAGAAGGAAGAAACGGUCGAGUCUCGUCUUGAGUCAGUUUUGUCAACUGCAGAAAGCAAGAAAGAUGAUAAGUCACCUGUCGCUUCCAAGGAAGCUUCACGACCAGAAUCAGUUUCUAGCACUAAAGACGAGAAAAUUGAAGAAACUGCUGAAUCUCGUCGUGAGUCAGUUUUAUCGACAACCGAAAGUAAGAAGGAAGAAACGGUCGAGUCUCGUCUUGAGUCAGUUUUGUCAACUGCAGAAAGCAAGAAAGAUGAUAAGUCACCUGUCGCUUCCAAGGAAGCUUCACGACCAGAAUCUGUUUCUAGCACUAAAGACGAGAAAAUUGAAGAAACUGUUGAAUCUCGUCGUGAGUCAGUUUUAUCGACUGCAGAAAGCAAGAAAGACGAUAAGUCACCUGUGGCUUCCAAGGAACCAUCACGACCAGAAUCUGUUGUCAGCACUAAAGACGAGAAAAUUGAAGAAACUGCUGAAUCUCGUCGUGAGUCAGUUUUAUCGACAACCGAAAGUAAGAAGGAAGAAACGGUCGAAUCUCGUCGUGAGUCAGUUUUGUCAACUGCAGAAAUCAAGAAAGAUGACACGUCUCCAGUAGCUUCCAAGGAACCAUCACGACCAGAAUCUGUUGUCAGCACUAAAGACGAGAAAAUUGAAGAAACUGCUGAAUCUCGUCGUGAGUCAGUUUUAUCGACUGCAGAAAGCAAGAAAGAUGAUAAGUCACCUGUGGCUUCCAAGGAACCAUCACGACCAGAAUCUGUUGUCAGCACUAAAGACGAGAAAAUUGAAGAAACUGCUGAAUCUCGUCGUGAGUCAGUUUUAUCGACUGCAGAAAGCAAGAAAGAUGAUAAGUCACCUGUGGCUUCCAAGGAACCAUCACGACCUGAAUCAGUUUCUAGCACUAAAGACGAGAAGAUUGAAGAAACUGUUGAAUCUCGUCGGGAGUCAAUUUUGUCGACUGCCGAAAGUAAGAAGGAAGAAGCAGUCGAAUCUCGUCGUGAGUCACUUUUGUCAACUGCAGAAGUCAAGAAAGAUGAUAAGUCACCUGUGGCUUCCAAGGAACCAUCACGACCAGAAUCAGUUUCUAGCACUAAAGACGAGAAAAUUGAAGAAACCGCUGAAUCUCGUCGUGAGUCAGUUUUAUCGACUGCAGAAAGCAAGAAAGAUGAUAAGUCACCUGUGGCUUCCAAGGAACCAUCACGACCAGAAUCUGUUGUCAGCACUAAAGACGAGAAAAUUGAAGAAACUGCUGAAUCUCGUCGUGAGUCAGUUUUAUCGACAACCGAAAGUAAGAAGGAGGAAACGGUCGAAUCUCGUAGCGAGUCAGUUUUGUCAAGUGCAGAAAUCAAGAAAGAUGACACGUCUCCAGUAGCUUCCAAGGAACCAUCACGACCAGAAUCUGUUGUCAGCACUAAAGACGAGAAAAUUGAAGAAACUGCUGAGUCUCGUCGUGAAUCAGUUUUGUCGACGGCUGAUAGCAAGAUGGAAGAAACGGUCGAGUCUCGUCGUGAGUCAGUUUUGUCAACUGCAGAAAUCAAGAAAGAUGAUAAGUCUCCAGUAGCUUCCAAGGAACCAUCACGACCAGAAUCUGUUGUCAGCACUAAAGACGAGAAAAUUGAAGAAACUGCUGAAUCUCGUCGUGAGUCAGUUUUAUCGACUGCAGAAAGCAAGAAAGAUGAUAAGUCACCUGUGGCUUCCAAGGAACCAUCACGACCAGAAUCUGUUGUCAGCACUAAAGACGAGAAAAUUGAAGAAACUGCUGAAUCUCGUCGUGAGUCAGUUUUAUCGACAACCGAAAGUAAGAAGGAGAAAACCGUCGAAUCUCGUCGCGAGUCAGUUUUGUCAAGUGCAGAAAUCAAGAAAGAUGAUAAGUCUCCAGUAGCUUCCAAGGAACCAUCACGACCAGAAUCUGUUGUCAGCACUAAAGACGAGAAAAUUGAAGAAACUGUUGAAUCUCGUCGUGAGUCAGUUUUAUCGACUGCAGAAAGCAAGAAAGACGAUAAGUCACCUGUGGCUUCCAAGGAACCAUCACGACCAGAAUCUGUUGUCAGCACUAAAGACGAGAAAAUUGAAGAAACUGCUGAAUCUCGUCGUGAAUCAGUUUUGUCGACGGCUGAUAGCAAGAUGGAAGAAACGGUCGAGUCUCGUCGUGAGUCAGUUUUAUCGACUGCAGAAAGCAAGAAAGAUGAUAAGUCUCCAGUAGCUUCCAAGGAACCUUCGCGACCAGAAUCAGUUGUCAGCACUAAAGACGAGAAAAUUGAAGAAACUGUUGAAUCUCGUCGUGAAUCAGUCUUAUCGACAACCGAAAGUAGGAAGGAAGAAACGGUCGAGUCUCGUCGUGAGUCAGUUUUAUCGACUACAGAAAGCAAGAAAGAUGAUAAGUCUCCAGUAGCUUCCGAGGAACCUUCACGACCAGAGUCUGUUUCUCGCACUAAAGACGAAAAGAUUGAAGAAACUGUUGAAUCUCGACGUGAGUCAGUUUUAUCGACUGCAGAAAGCAAGAAAGAUGAUAAGUCACCUGUGGCUUCCAAGGAACCAUCACGACCAGAAUCAGUUUCUAGCACUAAAGACGAGAAAAUUGAAGAAACUGCUGAAUCUCGUCGUGAGUCAGUCUUAUCGACAACCGAAAGUAGGAAGGAAGAAGCGGUCGAAUCUCAUCGUGAGUCAGUUUUGUCGAUUGCAGAAAGCAAGAAAGACGAUAAGUCACCUGUGGCUUCCAAGGAACCAUCACGACCAGAAUCUGUUGUCAGCACUAAAGACGAUAAAAUUGAAGAAACUGUCGAAUCUCGUCACGAGUCAGUUUUGUUGACUGCUGAAAGCAAGAAAGAUGAUGAGUCACCAGUGACUUCCAAGGAACAUUCAGGACAAGAAUCUAUUGCUCGCUUCAAGGAGGAAACCGCUGACGUUCAUAUAAUUACGAUGGGAGAAACAGCUUCGGCGGUAACUAGAUCAGUGGAUAGUGAAAUUCUUACUCAGAAGGAAGAAUUGAAUAAAGCUAGGCUAGCGACCACUGAAUCUAGAUCUGCACAUACAACAUUAGAGGAAAAGAAAGCUGAUUCAUUCACGACUGAAUCUAUAUCCUCAACAACGGAAAUAUCAACUAUCGUUAGUAAGUCAAUAGAUUCAUCCAUUCGUUCACAUCUUUGUGAGGAAUCUCAUAGUGAAUCCAUGAGUAGUGUUAAAGUGGAGGAUGGUUCUCCAAGAGAGUCACUUUCCAGUUUCGUUGCAAGCAAAGAUGAUCGUAAAGUAGGUGAUGGUAAAAUACUCGAAGAAUCCUUCGUGAAGUCUGUGAAAACUGAAGUGCUCACCCAAGCGGAGGAGUCCAUGACACAUUCAGAGGAAUGUUCUUCAGAGUCCAUAAUUAGUGAAAUUCAAACCAGCGAUAUGACAACACAAAAAGUAGAUGCACACACAACGCUCAAAACUGCCACCCAAAGUGAGGCUGUGGCCCUAGACAGUAAAGAAACUCUCAAGGACACCGUGGCUGAGUUCUUAGCUACAGAGAAAAUUGUUUCAGCGAAGGAUAGCUUUGUAAGCGACGCAAAAACUACAACGUCUUCAGCUGAAACUUUAGAAAAGACUAUAAAAACAAUAACAACACAAUCGGCUACAGAAUCGCGUAGAACAUCUGAUUUACUGGCAAGCAUGAAAGACAGUUCGCGAAGAGAAUCCGAAUAUAGUCAAACAAGCGAAGGACGGCACACACACAGCGAUCACGAAGACGAAGAGGAAGAUGAGUGUCUAAUCAGCAUGAAGGAGGGACGUUCAAAAUCUAUAGCUACAAUUAUGAUGACCAGCAUUUAUAAACCCUCCGAGGACGUAGACACUUUUGAAAAGCUAGAAGAAGAGGAAAGCGAAGAGCACGCUGAAUAUCUUGAAGCAGCGGAAUCGACUGUCACCAAAUCAAAAAGUAUCGCGCACUCGGCAAGUGAAAAAGUUAGUGCUGUGAGUUCAGAGGGCAAAUCGAAAAUAUCAACACAAUUGGAAACCAUAAUCUUAACACAACCACUUGAGAGUGAUCCAAAGACACCACCCACUGCCCCAGUGAGCCCUGGCAUAAAACAUACCACAACUGGUGCAAGUACUGUAGUAACCACUACAACAACAUUAAGUGAAACUUGCGGCAGUAGUGCAGCUUCAGUGAGUGGACCACUCUCACCAAGAGAUAUUAGCGGUAAGUCCAGUCCCGGUGCACUCACAUCUGAAAGUCAAUCAUUACCAACACCUCUUGGUCGCGGUUCUCUUACAGAUGCGUCCGAAUCGUCGCCAAAGCCCACUUCGCCAUUCCCGCGUGUUAGCAAAGAAGAGCUGAAAUCAGCCAGCGCCGCUGUCAGCGAAGCUCUCAGCUCUGGCACUUAUGCAACACAAGAGUACAGCGAGAGCAUGUUGCCAGAUUUACAUGAGCUGCGCGGUAUAGAGAAGACAACUGCACUUAGUGGCAGCACUGAAAAAAUAAUCACAACAACUAUAACAACCGUAACUAAAGUGAUAUCUAGCGAUGGCAAGGAAAUCGUUAUGGAAGAGAAGACAGUUACCACCACAGACACCACAGAGCCAGAUGGUGAGAAGGUGACUGUAACCACCACACGCACUACCAGCGAAAGUGACAAGAGCGAUCACAUAUUGCCCAAGGAGGUGGCGUUGCUGCGCGGCGCCUACCGUUCUUCUACACCCGGCAGCGACGACGAACGUAUGACUGGCGCUUACAUGAGUGAUGACGAGCUGCCCGCAUCGCCACGCAGCCUUGCCUCAUCACAUGGCGCAAGCUAUGAAUUGCAACGCUCCAGCUCAGGCGUGAGUAAACGCUCCGACUUCGAUGUGGACGACAGCCAAGACGAUAUACCGCCACAAUAUGGUAGCGAAGAACACUCUGCCGCCCGGGCUGUAUCCUCAACCAUCAGCUGCCUACAAAAAAUCGCCGAUCCAAUGAGCACCUCAUUCUAUGGUGCAUUGCCUGACAGUUUCGACACCAAACCAACAGCACCAAUACCCAUAUGCGGCACCACAACACAUACGGUAACCACGCGCACAUAUGUCGCCGACUCACCCCCUAGUCAAUCCACGGAGAGCAUCGAAAGCACUAGCCAAACCUCAGCCAGCCGUCAAGUGAUUAGCGGCGGCACACGCGCCAGCGUUGACAGUGGCGAUCACAAAUUCCUCGAAGAAGCCGACAUGGAUUUCGAAAAGGCGCUUGAAGAGCAUGUACAAGUGCGUGGCGCCGAUGUUAUGUCUUCAGUCACCGCCAAGUAUUCUUAUUCGCCCUCCAAAGCGGAAGAGGUAGAGCAUAGUGUGGCCAGUGUUGAAAAGCCAAAAUUCCCGUUAGUUGAUGUGCAGAAAACACGCUUCGUCGAAACCGGCACCACUGUAUCCAGCAGCAGCAGCACAAUAGAAAGCGCAACUGAAAGCAAAGAUGGCAAGACAACAACUACUACGACUACAACAACCACUACUAGUGCUGAAGGCGCAGGCACAACUGCCAGUGAGACCACAACAACCACCACCACGACGACAUCAAGCGCUACCGGAGCACUGCCUAAAGACCCUCUAAAGGAAUGGGGUAAACCAUUGGGACUGCCAUCGCCCGCACCACUGCCCAUUGAGGGUGAUGUACGCACCACACCGAAGAAGGAGCGUCGCUUAGUGGCCACUAAAACACGUCUAAACAACGAAAAGAAUCUACGCAAACGUUCAGAGUCGCCCAAUAAGGCCAAGAAGCCGGCGCCCAUUUAUGUGGAUCUCACCUAUGUACCACACAAUGGCAAUUCCUACUACUCACACGUCGAAUUCUUCAAGCGUGUGCGAGCGCGUUACUAUGUCUUUUCCGGCACCGAACCCAGCCGUCAAGUGUACGAUGCGCUGUUGGAGGCAAAGCAAACAUGGGAGGACAAGGACUUGGAGGUCACCAUAAUUCCCACAUACGAUACGGAUGUGCUAGGCUAUUGGGUUGCUGAGAAUGAGGAGCUUUUGGCCAAAUAUCGUAUCGAUUUAUCGCCUUCAGCAUCGCGUUGCACAAUCAACUUGCAGGAUCACGAGACAUCGUGCGCCGCCUAUCGCUUGGAGUUCUAGGCCACGGGGAUGUUUAUCUCAUUCGCCGAUGCCGAAAAUCUCAUACAACUCUACAACUAAAAGCUUAACUCUACUACUAAAUACUUUAAGUACUAAAACAUAAGAUCAAACUAAAGAAUAAAAUUAAAAAUUCAAACAAAUAAAAAUGGCAAUGAAGCUUUUGACCGAACAUCAAUCGUGAAGCUUUUUAUGAAAACAAGACAAACUUGCAACAAACGAACAAGUAAAUAAUAGCAACACAUGAAAGCUUUCUUGGCUGAAACUUGCACGUAGGCGAGUUAAGUGUGCGCACUUAAACAAACGCUGCAAAGUGUGACAGUCAGCGAGAGCUUUCACGCUUCAAAAGCCCACAACUCAGCGUCGCAACACAAGCGCAAAUACAAAAGCUUGACAUACCUGUUGAAGAAAACAAAACACAACUACAAAUACAUAAUAUAAAACUGAAAAUCUGUAACUGAGCAAGCGGAAUGAGUGAAAGCUUGACAAAGCUUUGCGCUUAUAUAAGUACGCAGCUUUGUAGCAGCUUUUGCGCAAUUUUGGUGAAACAAGAGUUAUUAGCAUAGCAGACAUGAGCAUAAUUAUGGCGGAGUUCUUGGUGUACUACACGAGAUUUUGCAAUUGGAAAAAAUCUAGUGUAGCGCCAUUUUGUUUAUUGAUGCCGCACAUUUUUAUGCCAAGUCUCGGAAGGCAAUAAAACGGAAAAGCAGCACUUGCAAUGUAAAACAAUGCAAAAGAAUUGUAAUUACAGUAAUUAAAUGCAUAUUUGUUGAAGAUAUUUAAUUACACAAAACAGAUAUAUACACACGUAUGUAUUGCCUGAUUCAUGUAAGGAUGUCGAUGACUCUUUAAGAAAACCAAAAACUAAAAAAAUACAAGAAGUGAACGCUGAAAGCGAAGAAAUAAUAAAAAACUAAAAACAGUAUAUUAAAGCAUAAUAAAUAGCGAAUAAACUAACAACUUUGUGAGCAGAGCAAACGACGAGAGAGUUGAUGAGAGUAGAUUGCUG